UGUAGGGUAUCAUGGAAGCCCUUGGGUGAUCCAAAUCCAGCUCCAGUCAAUCUUGCUUUGGCUAUUAUUUUGAUGUUUGUCAUCUUCUUGCAAGCCAUUUUUACUUGGUUCUUCGCAGUGGUCAGCAGUCUACAAUUGAUGCUACCAACUUGGUCACUGGCGAUAUCGUCUACAUCAAGAUGGGUAAUAAAAUCCCAGCCGAUUGCAGACUUAUUCAAGUUUCUGAUGACUUGAGAUUUGAUCGCUCCAUUCUUACUGGUGAAUCCGAAGCAAUUGCUGGAAGUGUGGAAACUACAGAUCCUAACUUCUUAGAAACACACAAUAUUGCCAUGAUGGGUACUCACUGCGUUAAUGGUUCGGCUAUAGGCGUAGUCAUCGCUACUGGGGAUAACACCAUGAUGGGUAAAAUUGCAAGACUAUCGGCUACGAAUAGCAACCAACGAACUCUCCUUCAAGUCGAAAUUCUUCGCUUUGUCUUGAUCAUUGCUGGUCUUUCUAUAUCCGUUGGUAUAAUCUGUCUCAUUACCUGGGCUGCAUGGCUCAGGGUUGAUUAUCCAGGCUACCUAACCUUGCCAAACGCUUUAAUCGACGUUAUCUCUGUUAUUGUCGCAUUUGUUCCAGAAGGAAUGCCGGUUGCGGUUACUCUUUGUCUUACCCUGAUCGCUAACAGAAUGGCAAAGAGCAACGUUCUUUGUAAGGUGCUCACUACGGUCGAAACACUGGGAAGUGUCAAUGUAAUAUGCUGUGAUAAGACAGGAACCAUCACCUGCAACAAAAUGUUUGCUUCAAAUGCCGCCAUCACUGAUCAAGAAUUUACUGCACGUGGAUGCGUGGAUAUUGCGAACGACCAUAGUCAAUCCCCUUAUCAGUACGCUGUUCAGCAGCUUCACAUCGCUACUUCUUUAUGUACAAAUGCUACCUUCGAUGCCUCCACCAUUGACUAUCCUGUUCCUCAAAGGAAGAUUAACGGUGAUGCCACAGACUCUGCAGUGCUCGUUUUUGCUGAAAACAUCAAAGAGACAAAAGACAUAAGAUCUGAAAACGAAAAAAUAUUUGAAGUUCCUUUCAACUCUAAAAACAAGUGGAUGUUGACGCUCUCUCGUCCAAAGAGUGAACUCAUGGCCAAAUCUAUUGACUCUGAACUGACGACAAAUGACUAUGUUCUCUAUACCAAAGGCGCACCAGACGUUCUAUUCUCUCGUUGUUCAUACAUCAUGCUGCCAGACGGUUCCAUCGAUGUGUUCUCAGAAGAGCGAAAGCAGCAGAUUGUUAAAAUUCAAACCAAGUGGGCACACGAAGGAAAGCGUGUAGUGGCAGUUACCAAGAGAAUAAUUAAGCAUUCCGAACUUGCCAACAAUGCAACCCCAGGAACCAACCAUUUCGGUAAAUACGUUGCUGAUAUGAAUCAAAGUCUCACUAUGAUUGGGCUGCUGGCAAUCGUCGAUCCACCUCGCGAAGAAAGCGCCCAUACUAUUGAUGUCUGUCGCCGAGCUGGAAUUCGUUUUUACAUGGUUACUGGUGAUUUUCCUGCAACUGCUGCUGCCAUUGCCAGGCAAGUAGGAAUAUUCUCACGUCAAACAAAUGACACCGUAGCGGACAUAGACUCAGCAAAAGAGAUCAAGACUGUUCCUCAAUUUGAUCCUGACGAUCCUGAUAAUUUUGGCUCCUUACUUCUAACCGGCUCUGAUAUUCAAACUCUGAAUGACACAAUGUGGGAACAAGUAUGUCAGUAUCAAGAAAUCGUAUUUGCACGUACUUCCCCCGAACAAAAAUUAUUCAUAGUGAAAGAACUGAAGAAACGAGACAAUAUUGUUGCUAUGACGGGCGACGGUGUGAAUGACGCUCCAUCUCUAAAAGCCGCCAAUGUUGGUGUUGCUAUGGGAGGUGGGAGUGAUGUUGCGAUAGAGGCCGCAGAUAUGGUACUACUGCACAAGUUCUCAAGCAUUACAGUUGCCAUUGAAAAUGGCCGUCUGGUUUUCGACAAUCUGAAGAAGGUCAUUCUUUAUCUCCUACCUGCUGGCUCAUGGUCCGAGUUAUGGCCAGUAUUGGUUAAUAUAUUCUUGGGAUCUCCUCAAACGCUGAGCAGUUUCUUGAUGAUUGUCAUUUGUGUUCUCACGGACCUUCUACCCUCCCUUGCUCUGAUGAUGGAAAAAUCCGAAGCUGAUCUUCUUACUCGCAAACCCCGUUCUCCUAGAAAAGACAGACUUGUCAAUCUCAAGUUGCUCACUCAAGCGUAUCUUAUCACUGGUAUUAUGGAAAUGGUGUCCUCUAUGAUCAUGUUCUUCAUUUACCUCAAUGAACAAGGAAUUCCGUUCAACAAAGUUAUGCUCUCAUUCAGUUUAUAUAAUUCUCCUGAUGGAUAUAUGGGGAUUGAUGCCGCAACCAUCACUCAGAUAACAAACAUCGGACAAUCCAUCUAUUUCUUCAAUUUGGUCGUAUGCCAAUGGUUCAAUGCUCUCAGUGUUAGAACCCGAACCAGGUCCAUAUUGCAAGCAAAUCCACUCUGGGGACCUAACAAGAACUUGUACCUUUUCGCUGCUUUCUGUGGUUCCCUCUGUAUUGCGUUAAUCAUUCUCUAUGUUCCAGUAUUCAAUACUGUGUUGGGUACUUCACCAAUUCCUGUCAAAUACUGGUUUACUCCUUUCGGUUGGGGCUUUGCCAUUCUUUUAGUUGAUGAGACUAGAAAGCUUAUUGUUCGCAGUUACCCAGCAUCGUUUAUUGCUCGCAUGGCUUGGUAGUUUAUGUAUACACUAACAUACACCAUUAAAUAUAUUUAUUUGAUAUACAAC